AUGCCUGAUCCCCCUAACCUUAACCCCAACCCCAACCCUAACACACUGGCAGGCCUCAUCCAGAACAGAUUGCCUGAUCCCCCUAACCUUAACCCCAACCCUAACACACUGGUAGGCCUCACCCAGAACAGAUUGCCUGAUCCGCCCAACCCUAACACACUGGCAGGCCUCACCCAGAACAGAAUGCUUGAUCCGCCCAACCCUAACACACUGGCAGGCCUCACCCAGAAUAGAUUGCCUGAUCCCCCUAACCUUAACCCCAACCCCAACCCUAACACACUGGCAGGCCUCACCCAGAACAGAAUGCCUGAUCCCCCUAACCUUAACACACUGGCAGGCCUCACCCAGAACAGAAUGCCUGAUCCCCCUAACCUUAACCCCAACCCCAAACCUAACACACUGGCAGGCCUCACCCAGAACAGAUUGCCUGAUCCCCCUAACCUUAACCCCAACCCUAACACACUGGCAGGCCUCACCCAGAACAGAUUGCCUGAUCCCCCUAACCUUAACCCCAACCCUAACACACUGGCAGGCCUCACCCAGAAUAGAUUGCUUGAUCCCCCUAACCUUAACACACUGGCAGGCCUCACCCAGAACAGAUUGCCUGAUCCCCCUAACCUUAACCCCAACCCCAACCCUAACACACUGGCAGGCCUCACCCAGAACAGAUUGCCUGAUCCCCCUAACCUUAACCCCAACCCCAACCCUAACCUCCAUAACUUUCCCUGCAGAACUCUGGACCAGGCACUGACUUCUGACCUGGGCGAAACGCCCACAUCUAUUGUUAAACCUUUACCGAUUCAGGGUCCGUAUCCCUAUCCCCCCAUUCUAUCCCUGUCCUCCACCCUCAGACCUGUCCCAGGCCUGUUGUCCCUAUCCCUGUCCUCCACCCUCAGACCUUUCCCAGGCCUGUUGUUCCUAUCCCCCCAUCCUAUCCCUGUCCUCCACCCUCAGACCUGUCCCAGGCCUGUUGUUCCUAUCCCCCCAUCCUAA